AUGGACAAUGCUCCUACUAAUCCCGAGAACUCAGAAGCCGGUGAGGAAAGUAAAGAUGAUGAAGAAUUAUUACUCGAACCAAGAUUGAAAUAUGAUAGGGUUGUUGGUGAACAAGCUGUGAAGAUGCUAGAAACAGAGGUUAUCACCUGUAUAAGUGUAAACGAGAAAUUGGUAGCUAUCGGAAGUCAAUCGGGGAGACUAUCGGUGAUGGAUCACUUAGGUUUCAGCAACUUUCCAGUUGCCCAACCUCAUAGGAGUAAGGUUACCAGGUUGGAAUUGGAUCCGGGAGGAAAUUUUCUGAUCAGUUGUGGAAAUGAUUGUCGAGUAGUAGUGACGAUCCUAGGAUCUAUGGAAUCAGUUCAUGUAUUGAACCUGACGUUUAUGCCCAGAAGUGUAGCUUUAACUUCUGACUUCUUAAUAAGUAACAAAUUCUAUGUUGGAGAACGCAGUUUACUAGUUUGUGAUUGGAAGAAAUUGUUGAAAACACAAAAAGUAAUUUACACAGGGCAAGUGAAAGAUGGACAUAUUAUUCGGUGUUCCUGCAACAAAAAUUAUGUAGCAUUCACGAAUGAUGGAGGCACUCGCAUAUAUGACAAACAAUCUGAUCGAGUACUAUCCAAAAUUCCCAUAUCCCAUGACCCCAAGCUAUACUUCACGGCUAAAUGCCCCCCUUGCCAUGCUUGGUUGAGUGAUGAUCUCAUUGCCAUCGGAUGGGCGAAUACGCUAACUAUUGCCAUAGUGAGAAAUUCUACAUGCGACAUCAUUUACUCUUGGACCCUGCAAGGAUUUUUAUGCUCUGGUCUCUCUUUCAUAAUGAAUAAAGCUAAAGAAUGGUCACAAAUUGUUUUUUUUGGUUUGAAACCUGUAGCAGAUGAUGACGACGAGGAUGGCAAAUCCAUGUUUUCUACUGACUCUCUUUCUGGUACUGCUUCCACUCCACCUGUGAUCCAAGUUGCUGUGCUGGAACCUGUAUCGAGGGAGAGAUUCAGAUUAGUUUCUGAAGAUAGCAUUGCCUUGAAAGUGCGUAAUGAUUCACAACCAUUCCAAUAUCAACUUCAUGGAAUGCCUUCAUGUGAUACUUAUUUCUUGAUGGGGCCCGAUGAUUUCAUUAUGGCUGUUCCUUAUAGUUGUUUCGAUGCAGUAACUUGGAGAGUAGAAAACAACCUAUGGGAAGAAGCAUGGUCUUUGGCUAGGGAAAGGGCCAUGGAGCUCGAGGGAACUAAGUAUGACAUGAGAACAGUAGGACGAGGGAUGGUGGAGUAUUUGAUAGCUAAUGAGGAAGCAAAAUUAGCUGCUAAUAAAUGUGUUGAAGUUUGUGGGAAGUCUAAAGCUGAAUGGGAGUGGGCUGCUGGUCUAUUCGAUCAUCUGAACAUUGCUACCUUACUGGCUGAUGUUUUGCCCACGAACGAUCCUCUGUUAGAGCCUGAAUGUUACGAAUGUGUUUUGAUUGCCGCAUUAUACAGCGAUAUUUCGUUGUUCCGUAAACUUGUAUAUUCUUUCAAUCCUGAUAUUUAUAGAAUUGGCUCAGUCAUACGGGAAGCAUUAAAAAGAAUACAAUUAUCAUUAACGCCGAAGCUAGAGAAAGAAUAUGCACUAAGUGUAGAAGAUGAAAUGCGUUUAUAUAGUACAAUUGCUCAUUUAUAUGUAUGUGAAAGAAAUUUCAAGCCAGCCAUCAAGAUAUACAUGGAUUUCAAAGAUCCCCAAGUUUUCAGAGUUUUGGAUAGGCAUAACUUGUUUCAUGAAGUCAAAGAUAAAAUGUCUGAGCUGAUGCAGAUCAAUGCUGAUUUAGCAAAACGUUUGAUGCUUGAGAAUGAGAGAAGUUUAUCCCCAACAUUCGUCAUGAGUAAACUAAAUUCUGAUCCCAAGUUAGAGAUUAAAUAUCUGGAAAUCCUGCUGAGUAGAAACAGGGACCAAGAUUCUCCGAAACGGGAAUUUGCUGAUCGAGCUGUGCGUCUUUACGCGGAAUAUGAACGGGAUAAACUUUUGCCCUUUUUGAAAGAAUGCGAACACUACAAUCUUUCAAAAGCUCUGGAGAUAUGUAGGAGGAAGCAGUAUAUAAAUGAGAUGAUUUUACUUCUUGGAAAGAGUGGAAAGCAUCUUGAAGCACUCGAUUGCAUGCUUCGUCAAAGACGCUUCACAGAUGAAACUCAUCUUAAAUUAGGAGCAAUAACUGAAAAAGAUUAUGAACCUCUUUUGAAAGCCAUAGAAUAUUGCAAAGAACAUGACGACAUGGAUCUUUGGAAUCACCUCAUUAACAAAGUUUUACAAUCUCCCCAUUUCAUUUCGCGACUUUUCAGAGAAGCUGGAACAAGCAUAGACCCUCUUGUGAUAAUUGAAAAGAUACCGGUAUCCAUGGAUAUUCCUGACUUGCGAAGAGCUGUAGCCAAGGUUCUAUCGGAUUGUGCUGAUCGUGUGAACUUGUUGAAAGGCUGUCGAUUGGCUACUUAUUCUGAUUCCAAAGAGCUUCUGGAUUCACUCUUGAAAACACAAGCAAAAACAAAGUGUGUUAAUAUUAGAUCAGCAUGCUUUGUGUGCAAGAUGUCUGUAAUGAAUUUCUCAAGCACAAUGCUGACAUUUGGGUGUGGACAUUCUGCUCAUGAGCACUGUAGUAAUGAGAUGCAGAAGAAGCUCAAUCAUAAGGAACGCAUUUGCUACGUGUGUAGCGAGAUUAGUCGGGAAGAAUUCAUGUGA